CCCAAACUCUUCAAUGUUUCUUCUGCCGGGAGCCCACCAGACCGGAGAAAUGCCUAAGUGUGGCUAAGUGUAUGCCGAACCAAACCAUGUGUAUGACGAUCAUGCACUCUCUUGAAGAAGUCUACCCUUUUGUGGGUGAACUCACCGUCACACGGUCUUGUUCUCUGACGUGCAACCUUUCCGAGAUAGAUGAAAUUGGUUCCACGCGUCUGGUGACCUGUUGCCACACCAACCUCUGCAACCGUGAUGGGGCCUCCUGGCUAGAGAUCAGCUACACCCUGUUGGGAGGAAUUCUGGCUUCUUUCUUCCUCUUCCUCAGCUGAGACUGAAUUUCUCCAUGAUUUGGCAGAGAGCCUACUUCACUUUCCAAGAACAUGGGUUCAACGAUGGUUUGUCUUCUCUUCCUAUUCCUGGAUACCUGUUUGUCUCAAAUAAAGAA